UUGAAUACAAUUGAGGCCAUCUCCGAGAUUCUAAAGCGGGAAGGCGUUGAAUACCUGAGUUGCUUUCCCACCACCCCGGUAAUUGAAGCGGCUGCCGCUGCCGGUAUCCGGCCCAUCGUCUGCCGUCAGGAACGGGUGGGCGUGGGCAUUGCCGACGGCUACAGCAGGGUAACGGACGGUGAAGUCCCCGGGGUUUUCGCCAUGCAGUACGGUCCGGGCGCCGAGAAUGCGUAUCCGGGCGUUGCGACUGCUUUUUCCGAUUCGACUCCCAUGCUGCUGCUUCCUCUGGGGCAUCCACGGGAGCGGCAGGGAAUAAUCCCCCACUUCAAUUCGGUCGCCAACUACGCCGGUGUUACGAAGCACAUCGAGCAGAUAAACAUGGCGUCCCGAACUUCCCAGGUCAUGCGCCGGGCUUUCGCGGGAAUGCACCAGGGUCGGGUCGGACCCGUGAUGGUGGAGAUACCGGCUGACGUGGCUUUGGAGGAGGUGGACGAGACUGCGUUCUUCUGGAGCCAAAAGGUGCGCCGUGUGGCCUCCCAGGGAGACCCCACUGACGUGGAGGCAGCGGCCCGAGCGCUAUGCGGGUCCCGAUAUCCUGUUAUCCACGCCGGCCAGGGAGUCUUGUAUGCUCGGGCUUAUGACGAGCUAAUCGAGUUGGCGGAAUUGCUCCAGGUUCCGGUUAUGACCACACUGCUCGGCAAGAGUUCCUUCCCUGAAACCCAUCCCCUGGCGUUGGGCAGCGGUACGGGGGUAAUGUCGGGGCCGGUGUACCACUUCGUGCGCCGGGCCGAUGUCAUGUUUGGAAUCGGUUGCAGCUUCACCAGGCACGGCAUGUCCAUGAACAUUCCCCGGGCAAGACCCUGA